AUGUGCUCGAAAAAAGACAGCAGUCUCCCUCCGUCUGCAACCACCACACCACUCGCGUCCCCGUCAAACGCUGUGGAGAUGUUAUUUUUUCAGACCGACGAGUCUAAACCCGACCGUUUACCAAUACCUAUUUUGGAUUCUCAGUCUAUUCUCUCCACGCCAGAUAUUAGAAUGGUCGCCUCGCCACCUGUAUUUUUGCCGUCCAAACUUGCAUGGUGGCCAAGUCCUCCACCGUCACAGCGUCUGCAACAACACCCAUCUCCGCUUCUUUCUCCAAACCAGCCUUCUUUUUCAUCACCAACCACAUCUCCUCCCCCGUCUCCACGUUUAUCUCCUCCCACACAGCGUCAAACAGUUCCUACUUCUACCGAUAAUCAUGUACAUUCGAAUGAAUUUAUGGACUUUUUACUUUUCCAGUAA